AUGGUUGCUCCUCUUGCACUCAUCUUCAUGACCCAGUGGAUGUUGCUGAUCACCCAGUUGUGUGUUGGCAGGCACUGCACAGACUGCAUGAAUGGGUCGGCCAUUGAAAACUUCUCCUGCGUGAUUUAUAAUGUUUCCCUCAUGAACUGCACCUGGCAAGCAGGCAGGGGUGCUCCAGGAGAUACCCAAUAUUUUCUCUACUGGCAAAACUCGAGAUAUGACGACGAGAUGGAAUGUGAGUUUUACAUUAAAGGUGAAAAUGGCAGAAACAUGGGAUGUAGAUUCCAAAACGUGAGGAUAGAGAUUGAAAAAGCUUACUUCCUGGUGAAUGGGUCUAGCAAAGACUCCCUGAUCCAGUUCUAUGAUGAGUACAUUCAGCUGUAUAAAAUUGAAAACCUCAUGCCUCCAUCAAAUAUCACUGUCAACUGUGAUGAAAUUAAAAAUUAUUGCAUAAUUCAAUGGCACCGACCCCUAGUAAGUCAUUCUAACAAAGACAAGUGUUUUAAAUAUGAAAUCAACAUAAAGUAUAAGGGUAAUCCUGAGGGAAAAACCAAAUAUACUUCUAUACAAGAAGGGGGAAAUAGUCACACAUUUCAAAGAUCCAAUACAAGAAAGAAGUACCUCUUGAAAAUGAGAACAGCUGGCAGUGCCUGCCUUGUGAGCCCAGCCUGGGGGGAGUGGAGUGCACCUGUUGAGUUCGGAAAUGAAGAAAUUAUUUCUUCUUCAGUAUGGAUUUUACUUGUGGUAGCAGUUGCAACGCUUUUAGUGGCAACUGUUGCAAUUUUGUUCUGCAAAAGGACUGGCUGUUGGAAAGCAGCAUUUCCACAAAUCCCAGAGCCAAAAAAUGCAUUUAAUGGACUGCAUGAUACAAAUCCAGAGGUGAUGGAGAGCAAAAUUCAGUCAAUAACAUCUGAAAAUGAAGAGAUAAUACUAAUUGCUGACGUAGUGAAAUAA